AUGUUUUGCGAUAGAAAUAUGUCACCUUCAAAAAAUAGUGGAGAGCUAAAUGAUGAGAAUAUUUCUCAAACUACCAUGUUUGCAAAUCAAGAAGAAAGCAAAGAAGAUGUAAAAAUUAAAGAAGAAGUUUGUAGUGAUGUCGAAGAGAUUUGUGAAGAAAUAUUUAUAUGCAACUAUUGUUACUAUGAAACAACUAGUGCUGAUUGCUUCAGAUGGCAUGAAUGUUCACAUAUUAAAAACACAGUACCAGGAGAAGGUCAGAGCUCGGAAACCAUACCAGAUAAAGAUCUAAGCGGUGAGCCAAUACCACUGAAAUUUUGUUGCCCUCAGUGCACCUACAAGUCAAAAUGGAAGGGCAACGUAAAAACCCAUCUUUUGAUCCACAAAAGUCCAUUGGAUGUGAAAAUGUUCGAAUGUUUUUUCUGUCCUUAUCAAACCAAGCUAAAGGGUAACUUGAAGAACCAUAGUCAGAGAAGACAUAAGUUUCUCAAUAUGGAGAUGUUUCCUUCUUGUGGCUUUAGCCUUGAAAGUAACGCUAGGAUUUCAGAGGAAUUGCAAGAUUUGCAAAGCUAUGAAUGUAGUAAGUGCGAGUAUCAGACCAAUUGGAAAAGCAAUCUCAAGAUUCACUCUCUGAUUCACUAUGAACCACAGUGUAGUGAGUUGUUUAGGUGUUUCAUUUGCCCCUAUCAGACAAAACUGAGGGAGAAUCUGAAAAGUCACCUCAUAAAGCACCGAGCAGCGUUAAGAUAGUAUUAUAAUUUUCCUGAAGAACAUACAUAUAGAAUUGAUAUGUUAUUUCACUACCAAAUAAUUAAGCAUCUUUUGUAGAAAUGUGGCUUUAUUUCUCAAACAGACAAAGAGCUGGUACAGGAAUAUAUAUGAAUGUUCGACCAACCAACCCAGCUCGAUGUCAUUAUGUAGUAGUACCUACUAGUAAUAGUAUAGAUAAUGGAUAAAUAGAUACGUUUUAGUCCGUAGAAGAACAAUGCCUGUACUGUACAUGGAUCAGUUGUAUGCUGAAACGUGACAUUCCUAAUACAAAAUAAAAAAGUUGAAAG